AUGAAGAUACCUAGCAUCCCGCUACCCAGGAGCCUCAGAGAGCUACCGUUGACCCAUUCCUUGCCCGCCGCCGGGGCCAUCCUAGCAUACCUAAACGCAAAAUACCACUUCUCCGCAGACAUCUGGGGUGUCUACACGGCCAUUUCCUUCCAGGCGUAUACCAGCAGGCUCGAGAAGCAGGACAGAGUCAACUCGUUCUACAGAUUCGAAGAGUUCGCGAAGAACCCGAAAUUCACCAACCGACCUUUCCUCGCGGUACCCAAGAAUGAAGAGCAGCCGAACGCGAAGACAGAAUGGACAUGGGGUGAAGCAUACGAUAUUGUGCUCCAGUACGCCAGAUGGCUGAAAGAGACGUAUGGCGUCAAGAGGAACGAGAUAAUCGCGAUGGACUUUCGCAACUCGGAGCAAUUUGUCUGGAUAUGGUUUGCGUUGUGGUCGCUUGGUGCAUCACCUGCGUUCAUCAACUCCAACCUGCAAGACAAUGCCUUUAUCCACUGUGUCAAGGUCUCCACCACGAGACUGCUGGUGCUCGAUCAUGGCUUGUCAGACAUUCUCACGGAGGAAGCAAAGUCGCAAUUUGGACCUGAUGAGAAGGGCCGCGCAAUCGAGACGGUCAUCUUGGAUCCUUCUCUCCAGUCGCAAAUUCUGGCUCUGGAGCCAUACAGAGCUCCAGAUUCGGAGCGAUCUGGGAUCCUCGCAAAAGAUGCUGCCAUUCUCAUCUACACCUCUGGUACGACGGGUCUGCCAAAAGCCGCCAAUGUAUCGUGGACGAAGCCCAUUUCUGGAGAGUACUUCUUCCCGCGGCUGCUAGCUCUGACUGCAGAAGAUCGCUACUUUACUGCCAUGCCGUUGUACCAUUCUUCAGCCUCGUUGCUGGGUGUCUGUCAGUCCCUGGGUUUCGGGAGCGCUACCAUCGUCGCCCAAAAGUUUUCGCCGCGAACCCAGAUGAAGCAAGUAACAGAGACCAACGCCACGGUAAUGCAGUACAUCGGCGAGAUGUGUCGUUAUCUCGUGACAAGCCCUCCCACGCCAUGGGACAAGGCGCACAAGCUUCGACUGGCGUUUGGCAAUGGAAUGCGACCAGACGUUUGGCAGAAAUUCAAAGACCGAUACGCCAUACCUACUGUUUGCGAGUUCUAUGGAGCAACCGAGGCGCCUGGAGCGAGCAUGGUGUACAGCAACAACGACUUCUACAGAGGUGCCAUUGGCAGACAAGGUCUGAUUACGAGGACCCUCUUUGGUGGUACACAGGUGAUUGUCAAGCAUGAUCACGAGACAGACACGCCGCUCAAGGACCCAAAAACUGGCUUUUGCAUCAAGGCCGAUACGAACGAACCUGGAGAGCUCCUGUACUGGCUCGACCCAGCCAACAUCAGUGACAAGUUUCAGGGUUACUACGGAAACGACAAGGCAUCGUCGAGUAAAAUCAUCAAGGAUGUCUUUCAGAAAGGAGACGCCUGGUACCGUAGUGGAGAUCUACAAAGACGGGACGCUGACGGCAGAUGGUGGUUCAUCGACCGUAUCGGUGACACUUUCCGCUGGAAGGGUGAGAACGUCAGCACGGCUGAGGUCUCCGAAGCUCUAGGAUCCCACGCUGCCUUGAAGGAGGCCAACGUGUACGGUAUCCAACUGCCAAACCACGAUGGUCGAGCUGGAUGUGCCGCAAUUGGCUUGACAGAAGGCCAGUCCCUCGAUGGACAAUUAGGGGCAGACCUUGCCAGCCACGCCAGGAGAAGACUACCGCGAUACGCCGUCCCCCUGUUCCUGCGACUGAUGAAAGAGUUCGAAAUCACUGGCACCUUGAAGCACCAGAAGGUGGCACUGAGGAACGAGGGCGCUGACCCCAGCAAGACGGGCGAGGACGAGCUCUUCUGGCUGCCGCCUGGAUCUGACAAGUAUGUACGAUUUACGAAGGGAGACUGGGAAUCUAUUGCUGGUGGUAGGGCGAAGCUUUAA